UGAUCAGCUGUGUCCAAUCACAGCUGAUCGCAUGGCACUGAUGAUCAGUGUGCCCUGAUGAUCAGUGUAGCCCCAGCAGUGCCACCUGUCAGUGCCCAUCAAUGCCACAAAUCAGUGCCUACCAGUGCACAUCAAUGCCACAUAUCAGUGCCCAUCUGAGCUGCCUUUCAGUACCACCUAUUAGUGCCAGUCAGUGCCACCUAUCAAUGCCAGUCAGUGCCACCUGUCAGUGCUGCCUAUCAGUGCCAGUCAGUGCCGACUAUCAGUGCUGCCUAUCAGUGCCCGUCAGUGCUGCCUAUCGGUGUCGCCUAACAGUGCCAGUCAGUACCACCUAUCAGUGCCAGUCAGUGCCGCCUAUCAGUGCCAUAUAUGAGUGCUGCCUUUCAAUGCCCAUCAGUGCCACCUACUAGUGCCUCCUCAUCAGUGCCACCUACCAGUGCCCAUCAGUG